GGCCAUUUUAUUCCACUGACAAAGUCGUCCCUGUUUCCAGCGACACCAAGUCGAUUCUGCCGGCCAUCCGCCCAUCUAUACGCUCGCCGUGCGAGAGUUUCUGCAAUUUCCCGCCGCCACGUCAGGUACCCGGCCGAAAUUAGCUCCUGCUUCGCUUUGCUGCGCGUCUACCGCUUCGUCGAUCGGGAUGGAGACCACCCCACCGGUUCCUAGACAAGUGGUCUACUCAACAUCCACAAUCAUAUCGCACGGCAGGCCAAAGGGCUUUGAUUCUUAACUUAGUUCGGUUAGCCUCUCUAGCACGCGCUCGCAGUCGUCGCUUGCCUCCAAUGCGAUGCGGCUAUCCUUUCUCAUUUCCCUCUUUCGGCCCCAUUGGCUCCUCUUCUGCAGUUGCAGUGGCCCGAGUCCGCUCCAACGGUCUGGCGGUUCAGCACUGGAGCCGUCUGCUUGUUUUCACUGUCCAAGCAAGGACUUUCUCGUCUGACUCCACGGAUGUUGUAGCAUGGUUCAGCCCUAUCGCCGUCGGUGCAGCGUCGCAAAUGGGGCACUACGAGCGCGGCAAGGCUGGCGCCUGCUCAUGUUCAUCGUCCAUGUCAACGCAGACCCUCUUUCUGACCCCAUCAUCUUCCAGUUUGAGUCUUUGAGUCCUUCUUCGGGACCCCGGCGACCCGUCCGAUCAUGCCAAGGGUAUCGUAGCCGCCCUCCAGACCCGGCCAAUUCUACGCGCCCGACUUCAGACAGACGCCCAUCCCCGAUGAGAUGUCCGGCCAAUGUCUGUAGGUCUAGAGCUCGCUUCCCGCUCUUUUGGACACACGAGACGGGUUUCAUGGCAGCUCUGGCAAGUCUCUCGGUCUUGUUAAGUCGAGCUGUCUCGUUUCAGAUUCUCAUGAUCCUGGUCUCAUCGCAACCGCGCUUCUGCGCCUCUUUGUCCACCCAACCGGCCGUGAUAUUGCUUAAAGCCAGGGCCAAUGUCCAGCUUCUCGAUCUUCUUGACUCUGUAUUCGCUUGUCAAGACAAUUCUCGCCAUCUCACAACUCUUUUCUUUUUUCCUCGUUCCGUCUCUUUUCCUUAUUUCCUUUUCAGUCCUAGUCAUCGCAUUUCCUAAACCGAUUUUCAUAGAUUUCUUCAGACCACCUAGCCCUCUUUCGCCCCAUCCCGUUCAUCGCCCUGUCAUCAACUCCAAUCUUUCCCUGAAACCCCUCCAGGCGAGGAACAGGCGACGGCGACGACAAGAAUUAACAAGAUCAACACGAGACACUCGCUACCGAUCCGUUUCAGCAGUUGAAUUAGCAAUCUGCUCGCGUUUCCCCCAUCCUCAUCAAAAGAACCUUUCUCGUUGUCUACUUCUCAAUCGACCCUUUUCAAGAGUUACCAUGCCCAAACACACGCGGUCAUCCAGUUCGAGUCACAACCACUACGGCAAUCCGAUGCCUGUUUCUCUUGCGCCUGCCGCAAACCCCAUUGCCAUGUACAACCAGCGCAUGACCAUGCCGCAGCAGGCUUACUACACCAUGCCCUCUUCUUCUGCUCCCAUGCAGCAGCAGCCGCAGCCAACAUACGAAAGCUACGCCCCGGUGUCUGCGCCCCCCGUCUCCGUGCCCCCGAUGCAGCACCGAGCCUCCUCGGGCGCAUGGACUCCCCAGGAUGACCAGCAGCUGCUCGCGGCCCGCGCCCAAGGCCUUAACUGGGGCCAGAUCCAAAUGUCCUACUUUCCCAACAAGACCCCCAACGCCUGCAGAAAGCGUCAUGAGCGUCUGAUGGAACGCAAAGGGGCCGAUGACUGGGACAAUCGCAAGCUUGAACGUCUGGCCAAGGAGUACAUGGGCAUGAGAAAAGAAAUCUGGUCCGGCCUUGCAGCCCGCACCGGUGAGAAGUGGAAUGUCGUCGAGGCCAAGUGCAUGUCGAAUGGUCUCAAGAAUCUGCAAAGCGCAUCUCGUGCUGGGGCUAGACGGGAGCGCCUCGAGUCGGGGCAGCCACUACCAUCAGGGUAUGACGAAGACAGCGGCAUCAGCGGCCUCGGGCUUACCCCAGUUGACGAGCUAGACGCGUCCUACAGUAGUCCAGAGACGGUAUCCUCCGGACACUCUGCCAGCGGCAGCAGCACCUCGGCCGCGGGCUACGUCGCCUCCCUCCAGCAUCUGCAACCACUUCACACCGGACAGUACGGUUAUGGACACGCCGGUGCCCACCACGGAUACACCAGCUCCGUCUCCUCGAACGGUUCGGUCAACGGCGGAUACGGUCACGGCCAGUCACAGUCUCCCAGCCCCUACCUCCACCCUCACGGCCAAAGACUGCCCAGCGUGGAUAUGGGAAUUGACGCCAUCAUCAACCGGCCGGGUGGCGGCGGUGGUCAGCAACAGCUGUGACCGUGGGGCAUUGAGGAAGAGCCAUUGAAUCGGCGUUGACUUGCGAUGCGGUCUUUCUCUUUUGUCCUGUCUUUUUCCUAUGCUUUCCCUUUUUCUUUUCCAUUUCCUUGGCAGUCGGGUAUGACACUGGCUCUCGGGCAGCUCGAGGUGGCGUUUCAGGCGUUGCGAGGAGUUUGAACACAGUCAGAAGAUGGCAUGAGACUUGCCGACUCUGUGGCAGGGAAACCAGACACACCUCUUUCGAGCUCUGGCCGUUUGCCCUGGUUUCCUUCCUUUCUUUUCUGUUACCUUUCUCGAGACGAGAUUAGCACAAGGGUGCGGACCUUUGCUUCCAUUUAAUGACGAAUGAUCGGAAUAGCGCCUAGGGAGGGGGUUUAUGAUACUUGUGUAUAUUAGCAUCUAUAGAUACCAGAGGACGCAGGCCAGAUCGAACAAAAACGGAGAAGAGCUGGGAGAAUGCAAAUGAAUCGUCUUUUACAAUACUUGAAAGACAAUG